AUGUUAAGGCAAACAGAAGUGAGCAUUGAAGAGAUUGAAUCAAGGCUUCCUCCCGAACAAUUGGAAAUCUAUCGCAAAGCCUUUAGAAUGUAUGAUAAGAACGGAGAUGGAGUCAUUGAAACAGCAGAAAUUAUGAUGGUCAUGAAGAGUUUGGGAGCCUCCAUGAAUGAGCAGGAUCUUCAUGAUUUGCUGAUAGAGAUGGGUAUUGGAGAGAACGUCGAUUUUCAUGCCUUUUUGAAAAUAAUGUUUUGUUCGUGUGAUGGUGGAGAGGAAUCCUUAAGGGCCUCUUUCAAAUUGUUUGACUCCGAUGGCGAUGGCUUCAUUGGUGUUGAAGACUUGAAAGAAAUGCUUCAUAAACUCGGAGAAGAUGUGAGCGAUGCACAAGUGCAGCAAGUCAUGAAUAUGGCAGACAAGGACAAGGACGGCAAGAUUUCUGUUGACGAUUUCAUCAGGAUUAUGAAAUAA